GUGUUAGAAAGUUUCAAGAUUAUGGACUAUAGCCUGCUGCUUGGAGUUCAUGUACUCGACCGUCCACCCAAAGAAAAAGAGGGAGAGACGUCUCACUAUUCCAUAGACAAUAAACGGCCGUCAGUGCAGAAAGUUCUGUACUCCACUGCCUUGGAGUCUAUACAGGGUCCUGGGAAGGCUGUGGAUGCUGUCACAAAGGAGAACACAAUGGGAGGUAUCCCUGCAAAGAACCAUAAAGGAGAAAGAAUGCUGCUUUUCAUGGGUAUUAUCGAUAUUCUCCAGUCUUACAGGCUGAUAAAGAAAUUGGAACAUUCAUGGAAAGCAUUAGUUUAUGAUGGGGACACAGUGUCGGUUCAUAGGCCAAGUUUUUAUGCAGAUAGAUUUUUGAAGUUUAUGAAUUCCAGGGUCUUCAAGAAAGUCCAAGCUUUAAAGUCAUCACCCUCUAAGCGACGAUGCAAUUCUAUCCCAGCUUUGAAGUCUUCAUCACAGGAGAUUCUGUCUGCCAACACCCAUGAGUCUUUGGAAGAGAAGGAGAAAAACAAAAAACUGACAGAAGGUCAGAGUUUCACCAGUCUGGAUGAAGAGGCAAUAAAUUCAAGGCACCGGCCUGACCUUGUGCCAAGCACGCCAUCCUUAUUUGAAGCUGCUUCCCUAGCAACGACAAUAUCCUCUUCAUCACUGUUUGCAGAUGAUCAGUAUCACCAUGAAGACACAAUUCGCUAUUCUAGCAGGAGAGGACUACCGUCAAGUUCUACGUUCACGCUAGAAGACAGUGCGUACCAAACAUCUGAGCAGAGCACAAUAGAAAUGGACAAUGACAAUGAUGCCUUUGAUGUCUACUUAUAAAAAGACGUGCAGGAUUCUUCUUGUGAGAGACAGCUUGCUGUAAAACACAGUUUUCUAAGUGGGUUUUAUGUGAAGAGGAGAUUCACUGACAUUUCUGUGGACACGAGAGCGCAGUUACGUCAUCUGCCUUGAUCUGACAUACUUUGCUGGUGGAAACGGGAGAGGACAGUUAGUUGCACUUUGCUUAUGGAACUGUGAAGAACUCUUACAAAGCAUUAACAUUUCUGCUUCCAUUGCUGCAAACCACCUUGGACCUUGGAGUGACCACAUGGUGUUUCCUUUGCAUGUUUUCCGCUGUGAGUGGCAUGACACAUGACCUGUUGACCUUCUAAAACUCCAUACAAAAGAUCAUAAAUGCGAAGUAAAUGAAGUCGUUUUUCCUUCUUCCUUCUGAAAUCUAGACUGAGAUCUGUCUUGUUGGGUUGCAGUAUAAUUUCAUGCAGCUUCUGUGUACUUAUACAUCCUGACGAUCUGCUUCAGUAAAGAUGUUUCCAAUAUGUUUACUAUAGACACUGAAGACUAUGUGCUCUUUAUAACUAAGCCUUAUGUUGUGUACAUACUGUCUUUGAAAUAUUGUGAUCUAGUUUAUUGCUUGUAAAUGACAAAUUCUAUAAUUUAUUUAGACAAAAUUAACUGUAUACUAUAGUUUUAUGGAUGAAAAAAAUAAAUAUUUUGUUCUCAGUA